AUGGAUAGGCAACAAUCAAUAGAGGUGCUAUCAGAUGCAGAAAAUGGACGAGAAUCAGAAGAAUUCAUAGAAAAGAAAGAAAAAGUUCCUCCUCAUCAUCAUCCUUUUACACAAGUUGGAACUGUUUCUUUCCCUGGCUUCUAUGGUAAACAUAGGUUACAAGCUUCCAUAUCUAACCUCAAUAACCAAAUCAAUAUUUUGCAGGAAGAGUUGGAAAAACUUGAAACAAUAGGUGAAUCUUCCAUCAUAUGCAAGGAGGUCGUUUCAAGCGUUGAAUCUAAUCCAGAUCCUCUGCUUCCAUGGAUUCAAGGUUCGGUUGAUGCUGGUACUGGUUGGGAUCGAUGGUUCGGAGGAGCUCACAACUCUCGAAAUCAUAAACGUUGGAUUUAA